CCACUUCCCGUGAGCCUCUGCUCCCCGCGCCGGCUCGCGCGCAGGCUCUCUACCCAGCAACCUUUGCGCGGCGCGGCGCGGUGCGGCGCGGCUUAGCGGACACUAGGACUCCAAGAUGGCGUCAGUAGUACCACUGAAGGAAAAGAAACUAAUGGAUGUCAAACUAGUAGAGCUGCCAAACUGGAUUUUGAUGCGGGACUUCACCCCAAAAGGCAUUGCCGGAGCAUUUCGAAGAGGUUAUGACCGAUACUUCAACAAGUACAUCAAUGUGAAGAAAGGGAGCAUUGCCGGGAUCAACAUGAUGCUGGCUUGCUAUGUGCUUUUCAACUACAUCCGUUGCUACAAGGAUCUCAAACAUGAACGGCAUCGCAAGUACCACUGAAGAGCACAUGAGGCUACUUGUAUUUUUGAUGGCAGCUGCCUGGCCUGGCUCCCAUCUGUCACCUUAAUCGCAGCAGAGUCCCUCCACAUCCUGAGACAAUGCCCAAUAAAAGGUGUCUGGUA